AUGGAACAUCAGUAUCCGUCUGGUUAUACUGAAUCCGAUCGCUUCCACCAAUGCCUCGAAUACCACCGAUACCUUCUGAGCGAUUAUAUUCGUCGUUGGCAAGGAGCAGAAGCUGAACUAACCUCCGACUCGAUCUCAUGGCCUCGUAAGGUACCGACGGCCGAUGAAAUCGCGUCCCUCGAACUCGACCUCUGUUUCUGCUUGAAAAGUCCUGCUUACGAGAAUCACCUACGGUCUUGUCAGGAUAAACAGUUCCGAAUCGCUAGCUUUUAUUUGAGUGAACAGACGAACAAGCAGCAUCAGUUGAAGGGAUACAAAAUGGUCAAGGAACUGGCUGAACAUGGGCAUCCUGAUGGCAUGUGCUUUUAUGGUAUCAUUUUGAAUAAUGGGAGGUUUGCGGGUGUUGAUGCCAAUCCAGAGCAGGCGGUUAUUUGGUGGCGCCGUAGCGUCGACUACCACAAACACAUUAGUGCCACGUACGAACUAGCCUUGGCCUUGUACACGGGUGAAGGCGUGGCAGAGAAUCCCGCACUGGCUGUGUCAUUUUUUGGUAGAGCGGCGCAUCUCGGUCAUGCUGGUGCUGCUUACAUGCUCGGUGAAUGUCUUUUGGACGGCGUUGGAGCUGAACGGGAUAGAGCGAGUGCGCUGGAAUGGUUGGUAACAGCAGCGGAACUAGGUCACCACUUGGCACGGGAUCGUGUGAUUGUAAUUCUGCAACAAGACUACGAUCAAUUGGACGAGGGAUUGGAGCACAACGAUGAACUAGAGGAGACGAAGAAAUGGGUAAACGGAGAAAACGAGGAAAAAGUACGCGACGUUAACAUUGAACGACGGUUUACUAUUGGUGGUGGUAGCUCUAAUCCGCAAGUGCUAGCAAGACGUAAGACGAAGGUUGAGGAGAGCCGAGAUAAACGAGAAAGUGUUAUCGAUGACUGA